ACAGUCCGACAGAAUGCGCCAUCACAAGUUCAUGCAGUCUAUCAUACGUGACCAAUUUCCUAUUACCACAUGGAUAUUUCUCGGCGCCCUCAUUCAAGGCUUGUUGCACAUCAUUCUACCCUAUCGCAAUAUUGUCCUGGUUCUUCCUGUAAUCCUGAUUAUAGCCUCUCAGGCCAUCAACACACUUCUCCAACUAGCAGGCAUAACCACUGUUCCAGCCCUCAAAACCAUGAUCCCGCACCGUACAACGGUAGCUUUUCCCUCUUCUGAAACGGGACAGCAAACCUUUGGCGACCGCCCAAUCUGCAUGAUUCUUCUUUCCAUUGUGUCGCAUCACCCUCUCGGGAUGCUUGCCCCAGGAUACAAGGAGACCGGCGAUCGUAUGGAUGAGAUGCUCCAAGAUCUCAAUGCUAAAGCGACUAAACACGGAUUCCUCGGUGCUUCGGCAUGGAUCAACACAGAGCGCACUACAUCGAAUCAGACCGCAAUUAUGCUUUACUUUGAGAACGAAGAGCGUGUACACGCCUACGCCCAUGGUCCCCUGCAUACGGCUACCUUGCAGGGUUGGGUAAAAGCUACAAAAGGACGCCCGUGGCUGGGAAUCAUGCAUGAGAUAUUCCUAAGUCCUGCUGGAGGUUGGGAAGGAGUAUAUGUAAAUUAUCAUCCUACUGGUCUUGGAGCGACGUCAAAAGAGGUCAUAGGACCGGAUGGAGAGACGAGGUGGAUCAACCCUUUGAUCAAAACAAAUGGGAAGUUGUUGUAUAGUAAAGGAAGGAUGGGAAGGGAAGUUGAAGAGAAAGAGUGGUUAGAGUUUGAAAAAUUGGUGGGGCAGGACGGCACAAUAUACAGGGAGGGCAAGUAAACCAAGCAACAAGCAGUAGAGUAAGCUAUCAACAUUUCAACAUUAGAGUUUGUUCAGGUAUAUCAAUUACAUGCGUGUCAGCAGAAAACGCAACUAGAGAUUUACUACUACCACUUAGUUAGGGUUCGUCUUAAUGCUACCAUAUAUUUGUGAAUUCGUUUCAUAGAUUUGAGACCAUAUGUUCUUUUCCAACCGGAGUACGAAGAAAACAAUCUUGGAAGGUAAAUUUUCUCACGACAUAAAGGAAUUAUCCAAUAAUCAAUAAU